UCUUCCUAUUUGAAUAUAUGUCGACAGCUGGGUUCUACUCCCGCUUUGUCACAGCUUCUGAACUUCCAGUCGAAGGCAAUGGCGAAGCGAAAGCACCGUGAACUCGCGGCGGAAGAGGCCGACGACGUCGUUUCUGAUAUUUCCGGGUUUGGGGGUUUUGAAUUAAUCAGGGAUUGUUAUCAUGCACAUCCAAUUUGGAAGACGAUCCGGUUAGCUGCAGCAAAAGGUUGUUCUAAUCGAGCUUCGUUAUUAUCGCAGUUUCCUCAAGUCCGAAGGUCAAAAGGGAUUUCGAGGGAUGUAAAUAUGGCAACAGUGCAAAAUGGUGAAAUCCGUCAAGCAAGCACUGUGGAGGAGAACACAAGUCAGUGCUUCUUUACUACAUAUCCACGCAAACCUAGGAAUACGAGAAGCAAAAGAAAAGCAAAGCCAAGUGAUCGUGAAGUUAUUAGCGAACAUCCUCUCUGUUGUGAUAGACAAUCGAGGAGGCUGCGUCGUAGCACCACGGGUAUUCAGAAAUUGGGGAAGUUGGGCUCGGAAAAGUUCGAAUCCUAUAUAGAGACUGUGUGGAGAAGAUUUCCGGAAGAGAAAAGGAAUGCGUUUACUUGUCUUGACUCACUGUGGUUUUCUUUGUACUCAAAAGAACCUCUUAAAGCAAAGGUGUUGAGUUGGAUCAAGAAGAAGGACAUAUUCUCGAAGAAAUAUGUUUUCGUUCCAAUUGUUCAGUGGAAUCACUGGUUUCUUUUAAUCUUUUGUCACUUUGGUGAAAGUCAACAAUCGAAAACCGAAAGUCGUUGCAUGUUGCUGUUAGAUUCGCUGCGAAAAGCCAACUCUACGCAGCUAGAACCUGGAAUUAGAAGAUUUGUCGUUGACAUAUUUAAUACCGAAGAAAGGCCAGAAAAGAAAGGGCUAAUCAAUAAAAUUCCUCUUCUAAUCCCCAAGGUAACAACAAAAAUAAUAACAUACCGUAAUUUCCAUCAAAUUUAUUUGUCGACUUACCUGGAUAAACCUCCACGAUUCCAGGUGCCACAACAGAAAAGUGGCGAGGAAUGCGGGUUUUACGUUCUACACUACAUAAAUAAAUUCUUAGAGAGCAAUCCUGAUAGUUUUACCUUCUCCAAGGGAAAUCCUCACUUUAUGAAAGAAGAUUGGUUCACUCCCGAAGAUGUGGAAUGCUUUAUUCAAAAACUGAAUUCCACAAACACAACUUCCGAGUAGUCAGAUUAAAUCUUUUUCAACAGUUACUACUACGACAUAUACGGAAUCGGUGAGUUUUAGCAGUAAGAAGGUAAAUGUUUUACGACGAAUCAGUAAUAUUAUCGGUAACAUGUCUAUCCUGGCAGUAAAAAUAGGACGAUAGUAUCUUUCUUUCUUCCUACUUGCUUCAGUAAUUAAGUAGAUUGUAUAUAAGACUGUGACUCAAGAACUUCUUCAGUAUCCUGGGAAACUAGAUGUAGCAUCUAUCAUUUUAUUUUAUUAUUUUAUUUUUUUGGUAACUAGUCUUAUAUAUUAUAGUUAUUACAAACCAGGUAACUAAAAGAAUUCAAACCCUGGAUCUCUCAAAAGCCCUUUGUAUGACAUUUUGUUUAAUAAUUGUUUAAUUUUAUUUGUCAUGA